CCCGCCGAGCCGAACCGAGCCCCCCGCCCCGCCCGGCCGGGCCCCCCGGACAUCGCCCCUUUGUCUGCGGAGGAGGAGGGAGCGAGGCGGGGGCGCUGCGGGAGCGGAGCCGCCGCGCCCGCACCCGCACCCUGCCAGAGCGGCAGGAUGGCGGAGAAGGGCAUGGAUCCCGCCUGCGUCUCCAUCGCUCUGGAGGACACGGUGUGCCACGCCAGCCCCCCGGACGCCCCGCUCCUCACCACCCACUUGAAGAAGGUGGAGAACCACAUCACGGAGGCCCAGAGGUUCUCCCACCUCCCGAAGCGCUCGGCCGUCAACAUCGAGUUCAUCGACCUGUCCUACUCCGUGCGGGAAGGAUCCUGGUGGAGGAAGAGAGGGUACAAGACUCUCCUAAAAUGCCUGUCGGGGAAGUUCUGCCAGCGGGAGCUCAUCGGGAUCAUGGGCCCCUCGGGCGCCGGGAAGUCCACCCUCAUGAACAUCCUGGCUGGCUACAGGGAGACUGGCAUGAAGGGGCAGAUCCUGGUGAACGGGCGGCCGCGGGACCUGCGCACGUUCCGCAAGAUGUCCUGUUACAUCAUGCAGGACGACAUGCUGCUGCCACACCUCACCGUGCUCGAGGCCAUGAUGGUCUCUGCUAACCUGAAGCUGAGCGAGAAGCAGGAGGUGAAGAAGGAGCUGGUGAAUGAGAUCCUGACAGCCCUGGGGCUGCUGGAGUGCUCGUACACCCGCACCAUCUCCCUGUCGGGGGGGCAGCGCAAGCGCCUGGCCAUCGCCCUGGAGCUGGUCAACAACCCCCCCGUCAUGUUCUUCGAUGAGCCCACGAGUGGCCUGGACAGUGCCUCCUGCUUCCAGGUGGUGUCCCUGAUGCGCUCCCUGGCUCAGGGUGGGCGCACCAUCAUCUGCACCAUCCACCAGCCCAGCGCCAAGCUCUUUGAGAUGUUCGACAAGCUGUACAUCCUGAGCCAGGGCCAGUGCAUCUUCAAAGGCGUUGUGACCAACCUCAUCCCCUACCUGAAGGGUCUCGGCCUCCACUGCCCCACAUACCACAACCCCGCUGACUUCAUUAUCGAGGUGGCCUCAGGAGAGUACGGGGACCUCAACCCCGUCCUGUUCCGUGCUGUCCAGAAUGGCAUGUGCACCAUGGCUGAGAAGAAGAGCAGCCCUGACAAGGCAGAUUCAUCGUGCCCAGCACACUGUGGGACGGACGUGGAUCACAUCGAGAGCCACACGUUUGCCACCAGCACUUCAACCCAGUUCUGCAUCCUCUUCAAGAGAACCUUCAUCUGCAUCCUGAGGGACACGGUGCUGACCCACCUGAGGUUCAUGUCCCACAUCUGCAUCGGGGUCCUCAUCGGGCUGCUCUACCUGCACAUCGGCAACGACGCGGGCAAGGUCUUCAACAACACCGGCUUCCUCUUCUUCUCCAUGCUCUUCCUCAUGUUUGCUGCCCUGAUGCCCACCAUCCUCACCUUCCCCCAGGAGAUGACUGUAUUCCUGAGAGAGCACUUGAACUACUGGUACAGCCUGAAAGCCUAUUACCUGGCAAAGACCAUGGCAGAUGUGCCCUUCCAGGUGAUCUGCCCCAUUGCCUACUGCAGCAUCGUGUACUGGAUGACGGGCCAGCCCCCCGAGGCCACGCGCUUCCUGCUCUUCUCCGCCCUGGCCACCGCCACGGCCCUGGUGGCCCAGUCCCUUGGGCUUCUCAUCGGAGCUGCUUCCACCUCCCUGCAGGUGGCCACCUUUGUGGGACCCGUCACUGCCAUCCCCGUCCUGCUCUUCUCGGGCUUCUUUGUCAGCUUCAAGACCAUCCCCACCUACCUGCAGUGGAGCUCCUACGUCUCCUACGUCAGGUACGGCUUCGAGGGCGUCAUCCUCACCAUCUACGCCAUGGAGCGCGAGGACCUGGAGUGCCUCGAGGACUUCUGCCCUUUCCAAAAGCCCAUCAAGAUCCUGCAGGAGCUGGACGUGGAGGAGGCCAAGCUCUACCUGGACUUCCUCAUCCUGGGCAUCUUCUUCGUCAUCCUGCGGCUCCUGGCUUACCUGGUCCUCAGGUACAAAGUCAAGUCAGAGAGAUAAAGGGCCCCCACGGCCAGUCCCGGGCCUGGCCUGCUGUGAGGGACCCUCUGUGGAUGGACACGGUGCUCCUGGCAGGCCACAGACCGGGGCAGAGGCACCGGUGGGUGCCAGCCAGGCCUGGCUCAGUCGAGAAGGGUUUUGAGACAUCUCGGAACUGUUUUAACCUUUCCACACACACUCUUCAUUGCAAAACGUUUUGUACAGCCCUGGCAUGUGCCACCCUCUCUCUCCCGGGAACUGCUGGACCCCACGGAGGAGGUUGGGUGCCCUCUUGUCACCCCUGGGACAGCAGGGACGCUCCCGAGGAGGUGGCUGUGUGCCCAGCAAGGCUGAGAGGAGCCCCAUGCUCCGGGCAGGGGGGAGCAGCACCCAGGGGCUGGAGCUGGGAGGAGAGAGCAGCACAGCCCAGGCUGGGGGUGCAGCACACGGCCCCGUUCCUCGUCCUGGCUGGCACCACGUGAGUCAGUGCUGAGAGGAGCCCAAAGAUGCAAUAGGCCGAGUUGCACAAGGCUUUAGUGUUUCCUGUUGCUGCAUCUCCUUCUUCUUUCAGCACAAAUCUUUCCUCCUUUUUUUCUUUUUUUUUUUUUUUUUUAAAUUUUUCCUUCUUUUUUUUUUUUUUUCCCACAAACCCCACUGCACCCCAGAGGGGAAAGGGAGCCAGCAGCCAGCAGGCAGAGGAGGACCUGGGGCUCUGUCUCAGACUUCUGCUCUUGGUGCCAUCCUCAGAGAUGGGAUCUUCCAACCCGGGGAUAUGGCAGAAUCUGUGGGAGUAGGACAGUAAUCUCAGACCUUAGGGAGUCUCAUGUUCAGUCCCUGUUGUCUUUGGGGUCUCAGACAAGAGGGUCUGACCCAAAUCAACCAACGUGGAGAGAAGCGACUGGUCUCUUCGAGUGCUUGCAUGGAGCAAGGAGGAUUUAAGUUGCCACACCCUGCCAGUGCCAGGAGGCUGGAAAGCAGGGCUGGGCUCGGCUAUGCCAUCACUGGAGGAGAAGAGCUGGCCCUGAGCCCUUCCCUUGCAACCUCUCUCCUCCCAGCACAACUGUGGCUGUCUCAGCAGGACAGAGCAGAAGAGCCUCGCUCAGCACUGGCUGUGCAAGGAGGGGAUGGCAGGGACACCCAGCCUUGUCACAGUGCCAGCCUCCCUCCAGGGUGACACUGCAGAAGGGAGUCCCAGCAGGGCCUGGAAACCAGGUGAGCUCUCAGAGCAGUUUGUUUGCAGUGGGUGUGACCCGGACACUGGGAAGGGCUCUGAACCUUGUGACUGGUAUCAGGAAAACGUCCCUCUUGGCAAGUGUCUCCUCCGAGGUCACCUCCCUCUCCACACACCUUGCAGAGGGAAGGCAGGUCGGGGCACCCUGCUGGCUCUCCAGAGGAACUGAGCUGAGCCUGGAGCUGGUGGGGCAUCUGCACGUGCUGCUGUGCUGGGAACCCAACCUGCUGCUUCACUGCACAGCACAGGCUCUGUGUGUGCUGGCACUGGUGUCACUGGGCUGCACUGGUCACCCAUGCACAUGGGAUGGUUUUUAGAUGGGGAAGGCAGCUCUGCCCUACCCUGGUGUGCUGGCCCUGGGUCAAGUGCAGCCUGGGAGGUGCUGCUGCUGGCACUCUGAGCAGCCAGAGAUUGCAGGGCAAAUGCCAGACUUCAGCAAAGUCCUGGAGGCUGAUCUUUGAUUUCACUGGCUUGUGUUGGGACUGCACAGCAAGGUCUGGCUGGCCUGGCACUGAUGCUGGGCACUCAGCAAAGCCAAGCUUCCCUGCCUGGAGAGAUGGCUGCCAGGGAGGUUUGGCCACAGGGCUCUCCUGCACAGAGGGUCUGGAAGCAGGACAUACCCUGGUGCCCUUUCCAUGCUGGGUAUCGGGGUCUUCCACAGGGGCUGUUUUCUGACUUAUCACUAUCCCUCACAAAAUUCCCCUCUGGGAAUUCCUCCUGGAUCUUCCUUCACUGCUGGCCCCGUGCAGGGAGCUGUGCCAGCUGGGGGGCCGCAGUCUCCCGGGCAGGGGCACAGUGGAGUGGGGAAUGGUCCCUGUGCCUGCUCUGUCACGAGGUGGAUGGAUGGGCAGGGAGCCAGGGGGAUGGUGGGGCUGUGGGCUGUCACCCUUCUUCCACCUCCUUGUCCGUGGAGCUGAUGGGACUGAUGCCCUGCUUCUGUCCUGCUCUUGAGCUGGGACUAGUUAAGCCUGGCUGGGCUGAGGGUUUUCCCAGGAUGGAUCCCGAGCUGGCAGGGGGUGUCAGUGGGGCAGCCCUGCACAGCUCCUGCCUGCUCCUGGCAUUUGGGCCCUGCUUCCCACACACCGGAGGCACUGCCAUCCCCAGCGCUGUGUCCUGCUGCUUCCUGCACCUUCCAGAAGGUACCACCUGGACACCCCUGUGCCAUCACUGCUGCUCCCAGGAGGACCAGGACAAGAUGGGCUAGUGAUGGAGUGGAGCAAAGGGGCUGCCAGCAGGCACCUGUGACUGCCACUGCCCGUGUCCCUCAGGCACAGGGAUGCUCAACACGAGGCUUUGGGACAGGCUGGCUGAGCUCAGAAGAAGACUGUUGGGGCAGGUAGCUCCUCAGGUGGCUGCUGGGACCAGCCUGUCCGGGAUGGGGCAGCUGGAGCUCCCCCAGGAUGCCCAGGAGAGCUCAGCACAGCCUGAGCCUCCUGCACUGGUGAGUCACGGUGUCCCAGCUGAGCAGGUCCAUGGCCACUGCAGGGCAGAGGGCCAGGACAAGCCCUGGAGCUGGAGGAUGGCUGUGUCCCUGGGCUGGGCAAGGGCACUGGGGAGCGGGGGUGAUGGGGCAGGCACCCCUCAUCCCCAGGGCAGCAGGAGGCACGGGGAGGUGUUGAUACAAAGGGGCUGCGAUGAGUGAGGGAUCUGGGCACCCUCAGUGCUGCCUGAGGAGUGAACUGAGCCAUGGCCCCUUCCCUCCCUGCCAGGACAAUCCCAGAGAUGGCAGAAGGCACAGGGAAAUGCAAAGGGAAGAAGCACGUUUGCACUGAGCCCCCCAGGUUGUUGUGGCUGGGCUGAGCACCUUGGUUUUAUUGCCCCUCUGCUGCCCGGGUGGUCCCCUCCCUGCAGGAGCUGGGCAAGGGGGGUUGUCUCUGCCCUGGCAUGGCAGGGGGACGGGGUGCAGCCAUCCUGCUCAGGGGGGCCCUCGGUGGAGCAGCAAGGAUGCACUUUAUCAGAGCAGGGAAGCGGUGCCGUGGGUGCUCCAGGAUGCAGGAACCCCCCGGGAGAACGCGUCUGGAUAAUCAUGAGGAGCGUGAUGGAGGAGAGCAGGCUUCUCCCCCCACACCUCCUCUCCUCUCCUGCCCCUGCCUUCCCUUGUGAUGCACUUUGAGUGGACGAGGAUGGGGGUUCAAGCUGUGGCUCCAGCUCCCUGGGAACCAAAAACUGCUUCAGCCCCUUCAGCCCACGGGCACAGUUGCACCAGGUUCUGCCUCUCACAGCUGCUGGGAAUGCAGGCAGGGCAGGCAGGGGGUUGCCACUCACCUCCAUGCAUGGCCAGGCCACCUUUGUCACACGCACAAGAAGAGCAAAUGCAUCAUCACCUGCCUGGGGUUUGCUGGAGGGGAGACUGGGCUAGAACAGGGAGGAGAUGGGGCUUCUCCCAGGGUUUCACCCCUCUCCCAAAUCAGGCAAUAAAACAGUGUUUCCUUCUCACUGUGUGUGGACACCAUUUGUCCUGUCCCUCUGCCACGGGCAGCCCUGGGAUCUCUGAGUGUGUCCUUCCCCCUGUGGUUUUCCAGUCCUCACCGUGCCCACCCGUGCAGUGGGGGCUGCAUAGUGGGGUGCCUGUGAGGUUCAGGGCUGGGGGGACCAUGCAGAGAGGUGCAGCCAUUGAACCCCACCUUUCCACACGACCACAGGUGUGAGCUGUGCUUCCCCUGGGGCAGUUUGCCAAAAUAAGCUGCAGGUAACUCCUCCAAGGCUGAGGAGGGUAUCUCUGUCGUGGUAGCUGGUCUGGGUGGUGUUUGUCUGGGUCCUUCUGCCUUGCUGGCAGGAGGCUGAGAAGGAGGACCAGGGCACUGCUGCCCACAGCUGCAGCCUGGCAGGAACCAGGCAGGGUGGAGGUGAGGCCCUGGGCCCUCCAGGCUGGGCUGCACACGCAGGUAAGUGCCCCGCAGGGACGGGGUGCCAGGCCCCAGCUCACUGCUGGCACUCACCGGUGCCCACAGAGGGUCCUGGGAGCUGUAGGGGCAGGAGGAGACAUUGUGAUUGAUGUUGGUGUUUCUGAGGUGCCAGCUGUACUCGUUGGAUUUCACACAUCAAUAAAACCUAUAUUUAUAGUGUA